UUCACAAACUCAAAGGAAGAAAAAAACUUGUUCGCAGCUGUUGGAGCUCAUCAGGCGUGAAGGAGCUGCGGGGCAAUUUAUUAAAGAACAUGUCCAGUUCGUUGGAGAGGGUUGUGGCACAGAAGAAGGAAGCCAUCGAGGCUGUGAUGGACAUGUUUCAGAAGGGGGCUGAGGUGUUGGCCAGCGCCGUGGGAGAGCUCUUCCCCCUCUGCGAGGCUGCUGCUCCGGUUCUCCGCCUGGCCUUAGACAAUGUCCAGAGCAAAGAGGUCUUUUACGUCAAAGAGCAAUUCCUGACGGUGAGGAACAAGCUUGACGUGCUCUCCACACAACUGGAAGACAUCGACUGCGAGAUCAAGAAGGGGAGACUGGACUCCCAGUACUUCUCGGUGGAGGAAAACAUUAGGAACCAGUUCAGGAAAUAUAUGGACAUCUUGGAGGCAAAACAGCAGUUCAGGGAGGUGAAGACCAGACUCUUUCUGGAGCAUUUUGCUAAAACCGGAGGAGAGAAGAAUCUGUUUGUGUUGUAUGAUGCUCUGAUGGGUACGAACACCUUUGGAGAGUCAGUUUUAGAGUUGGUAGAAAGGUAUGUGGUGAGGAACCGCCGACUCCUGGAAGAUUUCUGUGUCCGGAUGAAGGAGCUCUUCUGUUUAGGUCUGAUUGCUCUGCUGGGCCAUUGUGCAUUGACCCAAGGCCAAGAGGAAGAGCAGGAAAAGAUCCAAGAGUGGAGCAGCAAAAUUGAAGAAGUGGAGUCCAAGAUGAAGACAACCAUCGAGUCCUGUAUUGCUGCCUUCCCAGAGCAAGCAAAAUUAGACGCCCAGCGACUCCUGCAAGAAAAGGGAGAAGAAAACCUGCAAGAUACGACUCAGCAGCUUCUAGAGUUUUUGGUGAAAAAGUAUGAUUGGGUCAGCUGGUCAGUGAGGCUCAUCAACCAUUCAGGCAGCACCUACCGGAACUGGCGAGCAGGGGAGCACUUUCAUCACGUGUCAGGACAGAACUGGUUCGAGGUGCUCCAGGUGAACAACAUAAACCUGGUGGUGUCGUACAGCACCAAACCCCAGCCGGUGCCCCGCGACUGCAUCCGGCAGGUGAUGACGGAGGGUCAGGGGAAGAAGGGAAACGCCCCGGCAGUGGUGGAAGUGCUGGAGAAGCAGCUGUGUGGGUUUGUUGUUCACGCCGUCAGUCGCCACAAGGAGUCUGCAGCUGCAUGGAGCUUUCCGGAAGAAUGUCACUACUGGGAGAGACAUAAGAAUGUGGCAGUGUGUGUGCACUCUGAAUAAAGCUGUUUAAACAUUUUACAGCAGGAACGUGUAUUCAGAUUGAGAUAUUAUAAAUUUAUGUUGCUUGUCCAUAUGAAAGAUUUAGGUAAGAAUAUCAGUAUUUAUCAUUAAAAUAAUUGAAAAUACUGAAUCUCAUAAACUAGGGAUGCACCAAUCUGAUACAACAAAAUGGUAUCAGAGCCAUAUACUGAUCUUAUUAACUGAACUGGGUACUGGCCAGAUGUAACCAGUCCACAUUUAAACCUUAACUGAGUGAGAGGGUGGGAGCAGCAGUGAACAAUACAUUUAUUUUAUACACUUAUAUCUUUAUUCUGUGUGUUUUAUCUUAAUCUGAACGAAAACUACUAACAAGGUCAGAUAAAUGUUGUGGAGUUUAAAGAACAGUAAUGUGGUGGGCUCCCAUUAGAUCAAUGCAGUGAGGAAUAAUUAAAAAAAAAAAAAAAAUUAAUGGGGUAGGGAGCAGGAAGCAGCACUGGUACUGGAUCAAUACUCAAUAUUGGCCAGGACCUGUCAGAACCAGUAUCAGGCUGCAUCCCUAUUAGGAACACAGUAUUUCAGAUUUUUUUAUUGAAAUAAUUUAAUCACAAAUGCACUUUUACUAGCAAACUCUUUAUACAGUAGAUAUUUGAAUUAUAGACAUUUGAAGUAAAUGUAUUUAUUUAUGUUGCAGCGGGUUAAAUAUUAACUGCUUGCAUAUUAUAAAUUGUAUCACUGUGUGUGUAUUUGUUUAUUUCUAAUACUAACACUGUACUGUAUACAAAAAUAGGAUGCGUCUAUGCUUUUACUGUACCUCUGCAGCACGCAGUGAUAAUCCAGCCCCCCAUGAGAAAUGGCUUCUGCACCUACCGCUCUAAAGAGAUGCUGAGGCUGCAUCUACAUGCACUGUGCUCCCAUUUUGUCUCUGCUCAGCAGGCUGGCCUACAUAACUCUGACAGGGAGCGCAGAGGUUACUUUUUCCAGGCAUGAAAAACAGGAGGCUUGGAGUUUGGCACUGGAGACGUGACAAUGUGCCUUGUGUUCUAAACACAUUCAAACCCCUUGAUGCUGAACCAAAACUACUGAACCCCAGGGCUACCAGUGCUGUGCCUAGAAUUAUCCAAUGGUCUGUGUUCAACUGUUUCUGGAUAUGAGGUGAUUUUGUCUGCAAGAUUCUUUAUUUGUGUAUUUUAUUUUUGUAACAUGUGGUGAUAAAUGAUCAUUGCUGUCUUGUCUUGCUCUUCCCAGCCAAAUGCGAUGGUUUUAUUUUUUUAAUUUAUGUAUGAUUUUCUUCCUACGUUAGAGGAUUUUUUUCUGUUAUAAUAUCCUUGCUCACACUAUACACUAAAUUUAAACAAACAAACCACUGAGAUUUUUACCAGAAUUUUAAAAUCACUUCACUCCCUGGCCAUCUAUCAAACCAAACACACCACUUGGGGAGGUUUAAAUCUGCUGUGUUAUGCCAAUUGGUGAUAUAGAGUAGUGACCAGGGCAUAUAUCAAAAUGUCAUGUCACAAUAUUUAAACCACACUAGCCUCUAUUCAUACAAUAAAUCUCAAUAAAAUCAGUGCAUGAUCAAUGGUCAGCGUUCAUCUUUAUGCUUUAUGACAAUUAAUGACCAAAUACAAAUAGUUAAUGGAUGUGUAAACAAGUAUAAUCUAAUAUCUGCCUCUCUUUUCUUGUACAAAUGUGAUUUACGCAGCACUGUUAGCGUCUACGCCCAUUAAAACGAGGCAGUGCACCCUCAGCAACAGGGACUCCGGCUAAUUUAAUUGAUAUUUACACAUAAGUCAGCAUUUCCUAACCGCAGCUCUAGUUUGAUAGUCUAUGAAUAACCUUUGGCUGAGCUAAUAUCCUGCAGACGAGCAGCAAAGUGCUUGGCUUAGCAGGAUAGUAUCAGUCAUAAUGCCUGGUGUAGGUGCAGAGCGGGUGGAGACGGCCAUCAUUUCAUAUCUCAGUGGAUCUGGAGGGUCUUUAGCCAGUCCGUCAUGAAUCAGGCCUGUCAGAGUCCAUCAAGUGUUAUCUGUAACAUACAUCACAGCACAGGAGGAAGUGGACUGUGUUGAAUCAUCACAAGGUCUCUCAGUGUGCAGUGGAAAGUAGCUGCUGCUGGAGAAAUUAGGUUGUUGUGAGGUUCAGUGGUGUUGUUUAGGGAAAAGGUAAAUGAUAAAAUUGGUACAUAUAACUACAUUUAAGCUAAAAUGAUUAAUUUGAUUUUUGAUUGAAGGUGAAGAUGAAAACUGC